UCGUUAUAGUAACUAGUAGCAUUUCACUUGUCAACAUCUCCCCCUUGUGUUUGCUUUAUAUGCUAAUUAUGACUCGCCACAGUAUGUCAUUGUUGUUGGCUGUCGUGUGUUGGAUGGCUGGGUUGAUCCAAGGUGGUCCGAUGAUGGGUGGCUAUUCUUACGAGACCACUACAUCAAAGCCUUACUACACCACGAAAGCUGCAGAAUAUUACACUACGAAGAAGAUGGAGUAUUAUACUACACAAGCUCCGUACUACACCACGACUUAUGCGGCACCUUCUUACUACACGAAAGCGCCAGAAUACUACACCACAACGUACGCGUCUCCGAGCUACUACACCGAAGCGACAAAGUACUACACAACAGCGCCUCCUGUCUAUUAUUCUGGGCCGGUUUACUACCCUGAAGCUACGAAAUAUUAUGCUGCUCCGAGCUAUUACGCUACUGAGGCAUCUUACUACACCACUAAGGCACCCGAGUAUUAUACUGAGGCUCAGAAAUACUACUCAGCUCCGAGUUACACUACUACCGCUGCACCUUACUACACUACUAAAAAGUACUACGCCGCUCCAACUUACUAUGCCGCUCCUUCGUACUACACUGAGAAGCCAACAUACUAUACCACUGCCGCUCCAUCGUACUACACUGAGAAGCCCACCUACUACACCACUGCCGCUCCAUCGUACUACGCUGAGCCCACCUACUACACCACUGCCGCUCCAUCGUACUACGCUGAGCCCACCUACUACACCACUGCCGCUCCAUCGUACUACGCUGAGCCCACCUACUACACCACUGCCGCUCCAUCGUACUACGCUGAGCCCACUUACUACACCACUGCCGCUCCAUCGUACUACGCUGAGCCCACUUACUACACAACUGCUGCCCCGAAAUACUACACUGAGGCGCCACAAUACUACACAACUGCUGCCCCGAAAUAUUACACCGAGGCCACGAAAUACUACACUACAGCUGCAUCGUACUACACUACCAAGGCUACUGAAUACUACACCACUACCUACUCUGCUCCUUCCUACUACAGCGAAGCUCCAAAGAAUUAUAAAGCUAGUUAUUGAUAAGAAAAGUGUUGGAAUAUCUAAAUGUUACUAGUCAUUCGUGUGUAGUUAAUUGAGAGAUUGAAAU